UAUUCGAGACAACUCUUUCGCUUCUUCCUCUCUAGAGUAAAUACAUAAACCCAACCUUCUUCAAUAACAAAGCCUUUACCAAACACAUUUGCAUUUAUUUUAUUACAACAAGAAAUCAGAUUCACGUGGAUAAAUCUCAGCCGUUGAUAUCCUUCUAACGGCUCUUAUUCGGUCCUACUUCCAUCGCCGUUUGUAAUGAACGAUGACACGUGUUAACAGUUUCAAUCCUCACCGUUGGAUGAUUUUUCACUUGGUAUUCAUCCUACAGAGCAAAGCCAAUGCACAAUCAUUCUCACCGAGUCCCCCUGAGUUACAACCGGGUCAAACUCCGUCGAAAACCACCGUCUUCGCCGUUCUCGUCACUUUCUUUUUCGUCAUCGGAUUGCUCUCCGUCUAUAUCCGCCAUUGCACUCGCCCUAAUCCCGAAUACUCCACCAGAUACUUCCGUCGUCGCAACGCCAACGACGGCUGUCCACGGCGAGGCGGACUUGACAACGCCGUCAUCGAAAGCUUCCCUGUUUUUGCUUACUCAUCCGUUAAAGAAUCUAAGAUCGGAUCUAAUGAUUUGGAAUGCGCGAUUUGCCUCAACGAGUUAGAAGAUCGCGAAACAGUGCGGUUGCUUCCGAUUUGUAACCAUUUGUUCCACAUCGAUUGUGUCGACGCUUGGCUUUACUCGCACGCAACUUGCCCUGUUUGCAGAUCUAAUCUCACGGCGAAAUCGAAUAAAUCCAGUGAAGGAGACAACGACGGUGUUCCGAUGAGAGGCGAUGUCGUGAUUGACAUUGAAACCGUCGAGGUGGCGAAGAGCCACCACCACCCACGGUCGAGUUUUGAAAUCGCCGGUAAGUUUCCGAGGUCGAAUUCGACGGGUCAUUCGAUGGGUCGACUCGGUGACGGUGCUGAAAGGUUUACUCUACGGUUGCCGGAUGAUGUGAAGAGGCGAAUAAUGGCGGUGAAAGGACGUAGGCUGAAACGAACGAGAAGCUUCGACGUUGCUUUGACGGCGGAAGGCAGUUACGCAGUCGGAUCGGGUGGGAUAUUGGACCGGAUCAGCUGGCCGGAUCGAUGGGGUUUGACUUUGUUUGUUUCGAAGUCAAACUCGGGUUCCGUUAGAUCACAGAAAUCUAACGGCGAACCGUUGAAUUGAAUCGACAUUAUGUUUUGUGGCCUUGGCUUUGCUUUGGAGUGGUAAAAAAAGUUAAAUUUCAAGUUGGUUUUGUAUUAUACAGAAAGGUCCAAAAGCUUGUUUAGCAGCUCGCUAAACAUGUAUUUUAUUUUGUUCUGAUUCAAUCUUUGUAUUUUUGUUCUGAGUCAAUGUUAAUAUUAUUAGAGUUUUAUGUCA